UGAUUGGUGGCGUUGCGCAUCAAACUGCGUCAUUCUCUACAAAGUUUGAUUAAUGUAAUUGUGGUUAGUACGGAUUCGUUUACUUCUGUAAUUUAAACUGUCGAUUUAAAUCCUUUUGUCUCGUAGCAUUUAAUCUUCUGCCGGAUAAGCAUAUAAGGGGAGAGCAAUGUUGUAUGCACAGUAUGUCUACAGUCUUUUUAUAGUUGUCUCCCUUCUGUCUUCAAUUGGCUCUACAGAUGCAUCAUCCGGCUUGCGUAUCACAGUAACUGAAUCGACAUUAGAUAUGGUCAACCAAGCAGAAAUAAAAGCAUUUCAGACGGAUUUAAAUGGCAAAAGAUUUGAUGACAUUGGUGAAUCUACCGGAGACUUAUCAUGGAAAGUUUCAAAUAUAUAUGUUCAGCACGUGGGAUCUAUGACACCAAGCAUUAAAUUACAUAGCACUGGUCAGAUCACGUGGACGUGUUACAUAAGUUCAAUAAAGGUGAACGGACGCUGGAAUGCAAAAUUGUCAGGCUGGUUACCUCUCUCGGCUUCAGGCGAUAUAUCAGCAACAAUCUCCGGGACUUCACUCAGUAUCUCUCUAACUUUAUCGGAGAACUUUGGAAGUCUUGGUAUAAGUCUAAGUCAGUGCUCAGCGCAGAUCGGAAAUUUUAACCUCCACUUUUCUGGUAAUGUACUGGACGGGCUUCUUAAUUCACUCACUGAUAUUUUUGAAAACGAUUUGAAAAUGGUUCUUCAGAAGACGAUUUGCAAUCUUGUGUCAAAAGGGAUGGUGGACAUUUCAGCCGAUAUGAAGAACAUAAUGACCUCGUUUCCAAUUCAAGUUAUUGGAAUUCCACUGACUCUUGACAAUGCCUUUACACAAAUAGCUGUUUCGAGUGAUACUAUAUCAACCUAUCACAAGGGAGCGGUGCAUUGGUAUGAUCAUACAUUUUACUCGUCUGACGUAAAUCAAUUUCCGGCUGCGCGCACAUCACAUGGCAUAGCGUUUGAUCUGAAAGAAGAUGUGUUUAAUAAUUUGCUGAAAACAUACGUAGAAAAUGGAAACCUAGAUGGAAUGAUCGGUUACUCAAGGGUUAUAACCGAAGGGUUAGACCAGUUUCGUCUUACAUGCAAACAAGGCUCGGGUGGAUUCUGCUUUGGAAACAUUGUAAGACAGGUUGCUGCUGAAUACCCAGACAGAGUUUUAGGUAUGAGUUGGAGCGUAAACUCGGCUAAAUUGAACAUUCAAAAUGGCCAGAUUACUGGUGACGUAUCUGGGAGAAUCUACUUCAAUGUUGACAGUUAUAAUGAAAGUUUACCAUUGUUCUCUGCUGCUGUGGAGUUGACAAUUGCAUUUCAACUUAAGUUCUCGGCGGGUGUUAUCUCUGCGAAGGCAUUGUCAUGGGGAGGACAAGUGACUAUUGAUAGAUCCAGCAUAGGGAAAAUCUUGACGCCAAGUAUUGAGGUAGCAGUAAAUCUGUUCUUCUUGCCGGCUAUAAGAGAUAAAGUACUGGAUAUAAUCAACGAUUUCAAAACAGAAUACAAAAUUAAACUUCCAAGGCAUGUGUUUAUCAAAGAAAGCAGCCUUUCCUUGUUUGAGGGAGUAGUUCGAAUUGAAGCAGAUUUGUGCUAUAAAACAACAUCUUGUCAAACCAUCCCCAACGAUGUCUGGGUGGGCAGCACCAAAAUUCCAAAAUUGGUAGUUAGUGAUGUCAUACCACUUCCUACAACAACUACCACCACUACAACUUCUACCACCAGUACAACUUCUACCACCACUACCUCUGCAAAAAGCAGUACAGCUGAUACUCCUACCACCAGGACCGAUGCAUCUACGGUUUCUGCAGCCCCCCAAACAGCUAAAUCUGUUAAGAGCGGACAGAUGCCGACAAUGGCGCAUUCAGUUAUAAAUUUUAUUCGCAGUUUUACGAUUGUUAUUGCGUAUUUGUUGUAAAAUGUGUAAAAUAAAUGCUAUAUUUCGUCGCCAAAUCAAGUAAAAGUAAGUAAAACAUAAAGAUCAAAUAAGUGAUUAAGAAACAUGAAAUAAUGUAGAAGUUGACCUACGAUAAAUUGAAUGUUUGACAUCACUUGAACCACAAGGAAGUAAAUGUUUGACGUCACUUGAUUCACGAGGGUUUCUUUAAACUGAGUUACAGACUCAGCUGCAGUAGUUUCCUAAUUUGAAUCAACUUUGCUUUCAUUGAUCUUUAGGAUGUCCGCUGCUCCUUGUCAAUUUAAAUCCAGUAAGGAACAGAUUUACUAUUUAUGACAAAUAACAUCAAAAAAAAAAUUAUUUUGUAACUCCUGCCUGCUCAAUAUGUGUAAUUUAUUUGCUUACCUUGCUUUGAUCUGCUUUGACUUUGAAAUAUUCCAUUUGACAAAUAAGGUAUUUACCAAAAACGGCAUUUUGAGCCACUAGUAGCAUUCCACCACGUUUCACUCUAUGGUUACGGAAGUUGGCCUAGUUUAAAAAAAUGCCGCAUAAUUUAUCACUUUUGUUUCAAAUAAAGUUGAGGAUAAACACUACCUAUAAAUUUCAUUUUAGAGGUAUUAUGUUCCUAAAAGAUAUUAUGUUCCUAAUUUGAAAUAAUAUUCCCGUCAUCAAUAUUAGAAUCAGGUUUCGGUAUUAGUAUGUUUAGUAUAUGUACAACAAAUGUGAAUGAUCAAAAUAUAAAGUAUACACAUUUAAUUUUUUCUGGAAUAAAUUUCAUUUCUUGUCAA